GCGCAGAGCUUUCCCUUUAAGAGGCCGGCUUGCCUCCAUUUGACGUCAGGCUGUUUCUGCACCAUCGCCGGCAUCCGCGAGCCCCCAUUCGGGCAGGAGGGGCGAGAGAGGCAGCGAGCGCGGCCGGCCAGGGAGGGAGAAGGAAGCGAAGCCCAGCUCCCCCGGGAAGCGUCCCGCAGCCCCUCCGGCUCGUCCUCAGCAUCCUCCCGCGGAAAGCGCGUCUCCUGCAGCCAUGUCUGUGGCCGGCUUGAAGAAGCAGUUCCACAAAGCCACUCAGAUGAAUGCUGCCACAUAGAACUGACAAUCAAAAUGAAAAAGGGAGCUUGACCUGCAUCACAGUUAACAUUUACAACAAAUCCAGCAUGUUGUUAUACAACAGAAGGUUGUAUCUGCCAAGCAAAUAAAACUGCAUAUUAACACUCCUACCACAACCAGAAAAGAGAAAGUGAGUGAGAAGGUUGGUGGAGCAGAAGGAACCAAGCUAGAUGAGGAUUUCAAGGAAAUGGAAAGGGCAGGAGAUGUCAACAAAAGAGAGAACAAGGAAGGAAAACAGUCAGGGAGUGACUUCCUUGAUCUUCUCUGCAAGAAAAAGCAAGAAAGUGGAUGUCACCAGCAGGGCUGUGAUGGAAAUAAUGGCCAGGACAACAGAAUACCUUCAACCUAACCCAGCUUCCAGAGCUAGACUCAACAUGCUCAACACUAUGUCCAAAAUCAGAGGCCAGGAGAAAGGACCAGGUUAUCAACAGGCGGAGGCCCUGUUAGCAGAUGCGAUGCUGAAGUUUGGAAAAGAACUUGGAGACGACUGCAACUUUGGCCCAGCUCUCGGUGACGUUGGAGAAGCAAUGAGGGAACUUUCCGAGGUGAAAGAUUCUUUGGACAUUGAUGUGAAACAGAAUUUUAUUGAUCCCCUUCAAAACCUUCAUGACAAAGAUCUGAGGGAAAUACAGCAUCACCUUAAAAAAUUGGAGGGCAGGCGCCUGGAUUUCGAUUACAAGAAGAAAAGGCAAGGCAAAAUCCCAGAUGAAGAACUCCGUGCGGCUCUGGAGAAGUUUGAUGAGUCAAAGGAAGUUGCUGAGUUGAGCAUGUUUAAUCUGCUAGAAAUGGAUAUCGAGCAAGUGAGCCAGCUAUCUGCCCUUGUACAAGCCCAACUGGAGUACCACAGGCAAGCCACACAGAUCCUCCAGCAAGUUAGUUCCAAGUUGGAAGAGAGGAUAAAAGAUGCCUCAGUCCAGCCCAGAAGAGAGUAUCAGCCAAAGCCCCGCAUGAGUUUGGACCUCUCUGAAAACAAUCAGCACAACGGAGGGCUCUCUAAUGCCACCACUCCCAAGCCCUCAAAUGUUCCCAUGGACCAGCCGUGCUGUCGAGCUCUGUAUGACUUCGAUCCUGAAAACGAAGGGGAGCUGGGUUUUAAAGAGGGUGAUAUCAUUACCCUCACUAACCAGAUUGACGAAAACUGGUAUGAAGGGAUGCUUCAUGGCCAGUCGGGCUUUUUCCCUAUUAAUUACGUGGAUAUUCUCGUCGCUUUGCCUCAUUAGGAGGGCCGAGUCACCGUGUCUUAAUCUCCCCCUCUCCCUUGAGAAAUAAAUAAAACAGGUCAUGUGUCGACACCACUGCUUUUUAAAAACAAAGCAAUGAAUACAUAAUAUGGCUGCUUACUCCACAUCACAAAUACAAGCUGCAGUGGUGUUUUUUUCUUAAAACAAAAACAAAAAACCAGUCAUUGGGCCCCCACAGACAAUCCUUGGUUUUCGUGUUGUCAUGCUACAUCGUGGUGAUGCGUGUUAUCUUCUCCAGGCUGUGUGCCCAGGCACGUGGGAUUUUCACGUUCACACACGCACGGUUGCCACAGAGCAAUGUCUGCAGAAUGAUGGGGGGAGAAAGUGGCAGUAGGCGAUUUGAGUCAGUCAUAGUGUUGGGAAUGGGGGAUGCAGUUGAGUUAGCUGGGAAGAAAAGCCUGUCACCAGUCUACUGCCAUUUUAGUUCUCCCAUCGAAAGCGGGGAGCUGGGUAGCGCCCCUGAUUGUUCCAUCUUUCCCUUCCCAAAUGUUGCGGUUUAUGCGGGCCUAAUAUCGCUAACCAGCUUCUCAUGUCGUUCUUCUCUUAAAAAGGAAAAAAAUAAAGGGGGAGGGGAAAGACAGAGUCCUGUCCUUGGAGAAACAGCAUAGCGUAUAUUUCAGUUUCUCCGCAGAUGAAUCGCCACUAUUCUAUACCUGCUGUUGGCGUAGAACCAGCUUUUAUAUACGCAAUAGUUAAAUAGAGGCCUGUGCAGUAUCCAGGUUACCUUUUGAAACCAUCCAAAGGCCAGGCCAGGAAAGUAAAGCGCCACAAGCCAAUGUGGCUUUCCUCAGAAAUGUUGGACAUAACAACAACAACAUCAACCUAAUGCCAGCAGCAAAUAGAUGAUGCUAGAAGAAAAACCUAAAGAAACAAACAAACACAACUGUUUUCACUUUGUGUAAAGUCUAGGCACAGAAAAACAACAACCCCAAUAUUAUUCUACAUCUUCACUGAAAAAUAAUAAUGAAAAGCAACUCACGUUAUGUAAUUUUUAUUUUCAUCUACCUUGUGUUCUUCGAACAUCAUUUGUGUAUAUUCUGCCCUCAGUGAGGACUAAACAAAAGAAAACAGAAGAAUCUUUGUGCUGAGCAAUUAAAGCGACAUGUGGCUAUAUAUGCAAAAACAUUCAAGUUGAUUUUUCCUCUCCAGAGUCAUAUAUAUAUAUAUAUAUAUAUAUAUAUAUAUAUAUAUAUAUCCCGUUCCGCGUCCUACAUUUUGUGUGUGCAUAGUGAUGUCUCUAGCUGAUUCACUGUUCCUAUUUUUGGUAACUGCUGUAAGAGUUUGUUUUAAUUUGAGUUGCCCAGAGUUCUAUUUAUCUAUCUACGUACAUAUAUAUUUCUAUAUGUACAGACUCUUCCUCCCGCACUGCUUUGGACGUGCCGCUUCAGUAUUGGACCAUGUGAAACGACGGCAAUUCUCCUGCUUUUAAUGUAUAAACUUAUACCAUGGAGAGCAUUGUUAUUUCAAAUAAAAAUGCGGAUUGACUAGUGAA